CCGGCAACAACAAACCCUCCGUGUUUCAGUGAUCUUGGUUCGAGUCCACGGCAAACACGCAGAGAGGAGCUGGCGCGGCUGACGGCGCACUUAUCCACGGCUGCCAGGAGAAAAGCUCCGGCUGUGAACCGGGUGGAGUCCCCGCCUCGCAUCAGCCCGGGCACCGACGGCUCCAGGUGGGUCGCAUGAGCUGGUCCUCCCGCGGGAAGCAGCGCCAUGGAGCCGCCCAUGGCCGCGGCCGCGGGGCGCGUCAACAUGGGCAGCCUGACCAGCACGCUGCCCGUCAUCCCCUACCAGAAGCUCACCGACCUGUACUUCGUGAGCAGGGGCGGCUUCGGCACCGUGUUCAAGGCGCAGCACUGCGACUGGAGGACCACCGUGGCCAUCAAGUGCCUGAAGCUGGACUCCGUGGGAGAGAGAGAGAGGAACUGCCUGCUCAAGGAGGCAGAGGUGCUUCACAAAGCCCGGUUCAACUACAUCAUCCAGAUCUUUGGCGUUUGCAAUGAGCCCGAGUUCUUUUGUAUCGUCACAGAGUUCAUGAUCAACGGCUCUCUGGAUCAGCUGCUCCAUCAGAAGGAAACGUACCCCGUCCUUGCCUGGCCUUUGCGUCUGAGGAUUCUGUAUGAAAUUGCUCUGGGGGUCAACUUCCUUCAUAACAUGACCCCGCCCCUCUUACAUCAUGACCUAAAGACCCAGAACAUACUGCUGGAUGGCGAAUAUCACGUUAAGAUUGCAGACUUUGGCUUGUCAAAGUGGCGACAGCUGUCAGUGAGCAAAGGCUCGGGGUCCAAGCCCACAGAGAUGGAGGGUACAGUGAUCUACAUGCCCCCCGAGGAGUACGAGCCGUCCAAGAACCGGCGGGCUGAUGUCAAACAUGACAUGUACAGCUACGCCAUCAUCAUGUGGGAGGUCCUGUCACGGCAGAUACCAUUUGAAGAGGUGACCAACCCCAUGCAGAUCAUGUUUAGCGUGCUGCGUGGGAAGCGUCCUGACACCAGCCCGGACAGCUUGCCCGCUGACAUCCCCAGCAGGGAGACACUCAUCACUUUAAUGACCUCUGGCUGGACCGCCAACCCGGACGAACGACCCUCCUUCCUCAAGUGUUUGAUUGAGUUGGAGCCCAUGGUGAGGACGUUCGAUGAAAUGGACUUUCUGGAGGCCGUGCUGGAGAUCAAGAGGUCAAAGCUGAUGCAGCAAACUGGCUGCUGUUCAGCUCAGACGGUGUGUAAGAAGAUAAAUAAGGAGGAAUCCCUGGCUGUGUUGACGGAGCGGCCGUGUCUGUCGCCUAUGUGCAGCUCACAGUCCUACCCCUCCCACGACACAGACGUAUCUCUGCCAGGAGCCCUCACCAUGAGCAACGUUUCUCCUUUUCAACAGGGUCUUCCAUCAUCGUUCAUCGCUCCUAGUCUGGAGCCUCCCAAGUCUUUGAAGGAUUCCUGCCUGGGCAGCAAUCUGAACGGCUACCAGACUGCAAAACCCCUGAACGAUUUAAACAUCCCCAUCAGACCUGCGGUGCCUCCCUCAGACUAUGAGACACAGAUGAAUAACCUCACACUCAAGCCACAGCCUCAGCAGCAAGCGGCUGAUUGCUGUCCUCCGCUGCAACUUCCCCCUUCCUCGCGAGGCCCCACCGGUGUCUGGAUCGCGACGCGGCGCGAGGACAUCGUCUCCCAGAUGACGCAGGCCUGCCUGAACCAGAGCCUGGACGCCCUGCUGGCGCGCUCCAUGCUCAUGCGCGAGGAUUACGAACUGGUGACCAACCAGACCACGCGCACCGCCAGGGUCCGCCAGCUCCUGGACAACUGUCACAAGCACAACGAGGACUUCUGCCGCAUCAUCGUCCAGAAGCUGUUCGACAACAAGCAGAUGGGCCUGCACCCGUACCCCCCCGAGAUCACUUCCCCCACCGCGGCCGCCGUCCCCAGCGCGCCGCCGCUGUCCCUGCCCUACAACAUCCCCAGGAACUUGUAGCGCGGGUCGCGGCCGAACGCGGGGAAAACGCGUCGGACUGACUGUGCCAACUUUACACUAAACCCCUUCAGGUUCUGUGGUGGUCAGCAGAGGCACCGUGGUUUCCACCAGCUUUACACGGGAAACCUGCAGAUGAGCUGUCUGAGCAAUAAGAGGCCGAGGUACAAAGUUAAUACCCACUCACGCCAAUAAAGGUUUUAUUCUUUAUAUUCAAAAUCAGAAGACUUGGACUGGAUCUGUGGUUUUAUUUAAAAUUUUUUGUAUUUGAUGUGAUUUAUUUAUAUUCUCUUUGUUGGUAUUACAGCAUUGAACAGUACGGCUUUUAUCUGUGAGCUCCAGACCUCCGUCGUUAAUGUUCAAUGAGUGAUUCACACGCGGUGUCGAGGAAAACCAACAGGGAAAAUAUUUCCCCCUAGUAGCAAACGUAUCUGAAAGCUUCUUUUCUUGUUCCACUUUCAUGAUUCAUAGAAACCGGAGGGUCUGCGAUGGAAGACCACAGCCAGCAUUAAUCAGCUGGAGGGUAAAUGGGGAAGUAUUAGUGUAGAUGUGUGGUUUUGGAGGGUAACACUUGCGUGACUCAGAUGAAAGUUUGAAUGGAAACAGGAUUUGAGCCGUUUGUCGUACCUGUGUUUCCUCUUUUUAUCGCUGAGUUAAGAGUCGCUGCAGGGAAGAGGACGUUUAGGUUUCUGUUUAGCUCUCAGUAUGAGAGGAGAUUCGUGUGUGUGUGUGUGUGUGUGUGUGUGUGUGUGUGUGUUUCGAGGGUUAAACCAGGCUAAAAUGACUCCUCAUCUUGCAUCCCUUUGGCCGGAUCAACAGUGGCCUCGCUUCAUAGCAAUCUUUAUCACGCUCACUUCCUAGAGGCUUCCUACUUCCUGGAUGCUUCCGGCAACUUUUAGCGGACUUUUCUUCCCGUCGUUUGAGCGUUUUCCUGAGCUGCUCUUCCAAAGUGCAGGCAUCGGUGGAGAAACCUGCUUCCCUUGUAGCAAAGUCUGACGAGUUCCCUGCUCAGACUCACCAGGGAAUCGUACAGCGUUUUCUGCUCAGAAAACUAGCAACACUUGUAAAUACAAUCAACGUCUCUAUAAGACAGCGCCUGGUUAACAAUCAGGAGGCUUGAUGCUGUUACAUGCAAAACAUGAGUUCCUAUAGGAAAGUAGCAGCAGGUAGAACCUGUUUUUAACUUUUACAUGUGCAUAAAGCCUAGGCUUCCUGCCAAACUAGAGCAGAUAAACAGCACAUAAAUCACUGACACUGGCACUGGAGCACUGAUCAAUACUUCAAAGCUGCCAAAUCAGAAACGUUUGCAUUCAUUUAGUUAAAGGAGACGUAUUAUUACCCACUUUUUCACACAAGUUCACACCAUUUCAUGAGGUCUUGCUGAAAGGUUUUUCACACGCUAAAUACUGCAGAUAUAAUACAAGAGCUCCUUUUCAGCCAGAUGUUGAUGGUUCCAGAUGCUGAUGGUUCAGAUGCUGAUGGUUCAGAUGCUGAUGGUUC